AUGAGCAAACCCAACAGAGCUUCCCAAAGCAUCCUGUCCCUUGCUCAAAGAGGGUCCAAAUGGCCUCCCUGGCCUAUAAGUUGCUUAUUGGCUUUGCAGCAUCUCCUGGUCCAAGUGUCUUUUCUCUGCGUGUUUCACUUUCUCUUCAUUGCCAUACUGCCCAAGGAGCAACUGAAGGAGACUCCAUCUUGGGAUGGACUUCUAGCACACAAUCUCUUUGCUUGUGGCAUCUCCACAGCCAUUCAGUGUAGUCUGGGUUCCAGAUUGCCACUGGUGCAGGCUCCAUCUUUUGAAUUCCUUAUCCCAGCCAUGGUACUGACCCAGCAGAUGGCUCCUGUUCAUCGAUCAUCAUUGAAAGAAAACAGCACAGAGGCUCUUGAAAUAUGUGCUGGGCUAGACUGUGAGAACAAAAGAAACCCGAAGCAAUUAUUCCAUGAGAUCUCUGGUGCCGUACUAGUCUCUGGUCUAGUACAGAUGCUGUUUGGAGUGUCUGGAGCCUGUGGAUGGAUUGCCCAUCAUUGUGGUCCCAUGGUCCUGGCUCCAAGCCUUUCUGUUAUUGGACUUUCAGCUUACAAGCCUGCUGCUCUUCUCUGUUCUGAGAACUGGAUAGUCGCGGUGCUGCUUGUCUUGCUGUGUGUUUUGAUAUCCCAGCACCUGGCUUCUUGCCGACUGCCUCACUGCCAGUGGAGCCAAACAAAGGGACUUUCUAUAACAUUUGGUGGCCCAGCACUGCACAUGUUUUCGGUUCUGCUACCAUUCUCUAGCAUCUGGGUUAUCUGUGGGAUCCUUAGACCUGUUGCAAUCCCUUGGGACAGUUUGCAUCCUUCCACACAACAUCUUAACUUCAGCAACAGCACUCUGCACUCCCCAUGGCUCAAAAUACCCUACCCAGGUGAGCAGGGCUGGCCAGUGCUUAGCACUCAUGCAAUUGGUAUUGGUGCUGCCAUGGGGGUUACUGCAAGUAUUAACUCCAUAGGCUGCUAUCUGCUGUGCAGCAAAGCCCUAAAGAAUCCACCCCCCCUGCGGCAUUCAUGUAACAGAGGACUCUGUGCUGAGGGCCUGGGCAGUGUCCUGUCAGCUGUGCUGGGAAGCAUGUCUGGAACUGCCUCCAGUAUGUCCAACGCCUGUGCCAGCAGCCUGACUCAGACUACCUCAUUUCGUUCAGUGUGGAUUGGUGCAUUGGCAUGCAUAGUGUUGGGCCUCUCUCCCCGUCUCAUGGGAUUUCUUACCACCAUCCCUCUUGGAAUUCAUGGAGGAGUGCUUUGCGUAACAUACAGUGUAGCUGUGGGCACUGGUGUCUCCUACUUCCAAUACACAGAUAUUGAUUCGGGCAGGAAUAUCUUCAUUGUGGGAUUCACCAUGUUCAUGGGACUUCUGGUUCCAAAGUGGCUGUUUGGGGCACCUGGAUCCCUUACCACAGGCUAUAUCCCGUUAGACCUCUUUCUGCUUUCUUUGUUGAUGGUGCCUUCUUUUAUAACUGGAUUCCUAUCCUUCUUCUUAGAAAACACAGUUUCAGGUACUCUGCAAGAACGUGGACUACUCAAUCCUUUGUCAUCACGAAAUCUAGAAACUGGAAGCAACUCGCUUCAACACAGAAAGGAGGAGGGUUCUGCACAAAGAUGUAAACUACUAUUAAUCCCACAAAGGCAUUUGCCGCCAUCAUGGUGUAAAGGGUUUCCUUUCUGUCUUCUCUGUCCCCUUGAGGAAAGCAAACAGGAGACUACGAAUCGUUAUCCACUGGAAGAACUGCACCAUUUAGAUGGAGAAACCACGGAUCUACUGGUGAAAAGGGAAAUGGUGAAACUGGAGUCAGAAGUAGAGCUGGAAACAGAGAAGGAAUUUAAAAUUAUGCAAGGGAAUUUGGAGAACCAUAAGCCUGGUAGACCAAUGGUUCAUGAGAUAAUUCCUCUCUGUUGA